AUGGUCACGCGGGACAAUGGACUCGCGUGGUUUAGCUGGCCAACCUCCUGCGAUGAUUCAGCUUUCACAGCAUGGUCGCCGUUGCCACUCCGGCUCAUUGCAGACGGCGACUCUGCCAUGGAGCUGGAUGUCGGACAGGUCGCGGCAGUACUGGUUGCCACAUUCAUUUUCCUAGCAAUCUGGGCGAUUUUGCAGCCACGUGGUCUUGCAACGCAGAUUUGCACAUGCUGCUUCGUCCUGUCGUUAGUCUGCACGCAGCUCCUCAUGAAAGAUCUGGGAUCUGGCGAUCUGAACUUCAGGUAUCCGGCAACGGUCACGAGCUUGCACUUCAUAUUCAUGUGGCUUACAAGUUGGACUUUCUGGGCCAGCCGGAAGCAGUUUCAUCGCUGCAGGCCGAGCUCGGUGGGCUCCCUGAGGCGCUACGCGAAGUUCGUUCUGCCAAUUGCUCUUUCUCUGCCACUCUCCAUUGCGCUGAACAACACAUCCCUGCUUUACAUGGGAGCCGGACUCGCGGGCAUCAUCGGGACAAUGGCGCCGAUUAUCACGGCGGUCUUGACCCACUGUCUAGGACGUCGGAUUAACAAGACCGGGUGGAUAGGGGUCAGUGUGGCCACUUUUGGAGCUACUUGCAUCGGCGCUGGGGAGCUGAAGGAUCAAGGGGGACAGGUGAAUUCGGUUGCCUUGGGCCUUGUGUUUUGCACAGCAUCGGUGUUCCUCAGGGCGGCCAAGGCAGUUCUGCAAGACCAGCUGCUAGAGCCCACGGCCUACGAGAAAGAGGCGGAAGGAGUCCAAGUAGACCUGGAAGGUCAGGUCGGUCAGGUCAGGAGCCCAGGGAGCCCAAGCCCCAAGCGGGAAGACAAGGAGGCUCUGCCCGUGUCGCCGCCUUCGGCCCUCUCUCCGAUGCACGUUUGGGCGCUGCAAGCCCCGCCUUGCACGGCCUGGGCCGUGGUCUAUGCCCUGCUGACAGAGAGCCCGAAUCAAGCUGUUGCCCACGCAACGCCCUCCGUCGCUCGAAUGAUCUUCCUGACCUGCAUCACAGCUACUUUUCUGAAUGUGCUGGGUAUGACAACCAUGAAGCAGCUCGGUGCCAGCUCCAUGCAGAUCAUCGGGAAGCUCAAUACCAUCAUCCUGCUGGCUUUCUCAAUGGGCUUCUGGGGUGAGAGGAUGCCACAGGAAGUUCUCGUUGGGACAUGCUUCGUCCUGGCUGGAGUCGCCGUCUUUGAGCAGAGAGGACCAUUAGCAACCCUUCCCGGGUGGCAGACCGCGUUGAUGGCAGAGGAGCAGCUGCAAGCGGUGAGUUGCGGCUGCGGUGCGCAAGCAGCAGGUUGCUUUUCGAAGUGGAAGGGGAAUGCAAGUCCCCGGCUAGGCUUUGACACUCGGCAGCCCGCUGCUUUGCAGCUUUGUGUCCAACUUGCUUUAAAUAUGUACUUUGACGACCCUCGAGACGAGAAAUCCUGGUGA